AUGAACAUUCUGUUUUAUUCAAUAUGCUUUUUUUGUAGAUAUGUUGAAUUAGAACCUCUUGAAACUCUUACUAUGAAAGAUAGAGUUAAAAAUAACACUAUGUACAAGUUUAUAUAUAAUACGUUUGGUGCCAAAAGUGUAGAAGUUACAUUAUUUGAUGAUUUAAAAAGAACAAUUGGUAAAUAUACUAAAACAAAUGGUGUUAUUUUUACUAGACUUUCAAGUACAGGAUUUCUUACCAUUGAGAUUAAAAAUAAAAAUCCGGAAAAAAUCAAAUUUGGUUACAGAUGUCCUGAUGUCAAUAAAGAGGUACAAGGGGCUUUAGGACCAAUUAAAGAUGAAGAUGCUGUUGCUGAGCUUCUUUCUGUGUUAGAAAACAAUAUUUUGUCUCAGAGGAGACAGAUAGAAAAAUAUGAAAACCAUUUUAAUUUAGUUACCAAAUCUAAAACAUGGGUGUUCAGAUUUGUUCUUUUUGAAAUAUUUACAAGUAUAGGAAUUCUCUAUUAUUUACAUAAAAAUACUUUGAAAAUGUUUGAGAAGAAACAUGUUGGUAAUUAA